AUGAACUGUAUUAAAGUCUUCUGGGCUGAAGACGAGGAGAAGAAGAGGAAAGUCCACAGCUGCUACCAUUGCAGGAAAGCUUUCAUACCGAAGCCUGUGCUGGAGACAAACACCAGGCUGGCAGAGUCAGUGGAGCAGCUGAAGAAGACUGGACUCCAAGCUGCUCCAGCUGAUCACCGCUACGCUGCACCUGAAGAUGUGGCCUGUGACAUCUGCACUGGGAGGAAGCUGAAAGCCGCCAAGUCCUGUUUGGUGUGUUUAGUCUCUUACUGUGAGAAACACCUCCAACCUCACUAUGUUGCAGCUCCAUUACAAAAACACAAGCUGGUGGAGCCCUCCAAGAAGCUCCAGGAGAACAUCUGCCCUCGUCACGAUGAGGUGAUGAAGAUUUUCUGUCGCACUGAUCAGCAGAGUAUCUGUUACCUCUGUUUAAUGGAUGAACACAAGGGCCAUGAAACAGUCUCAGCUGCAGCAGAAAGGACCGAGAGGCAGAGAGAGCUCGAGGGGAGUCGACUAGACAUCCAGCAGAGAAUCCAGGACAGAGAGAAAGAUGUGAAGCUGCUUCAGCAGGAGGUGGAGGCCAUCGAUCAGUCUGCUGAUCAGACAGUGGAGCACAGUGAGGAGAUCUUCACUGAGCUGAUCCAUCUGAUCCAGAAAAGAAGCUCUGAUGUGAAGCAGCAGGUCAGAUCCCAGCAGGAAGCCGAAGUGAGUCGAGUCAAAGAGCUUCAGGAGAAGCUGGAGCAGGAGAUCACUGAGCUGAAGAGGAAAGACGCUGAGCUGAAGCAGCUCUCACACACAGAGGAUCACAUCCCGUUUCUACACAGCUACCCCUCACUGUCAGCACUCAGUGAGUCUACACACUCAUCCAGCAUCAGCAUCCGUCCUCUGAGGUACUUCGAGGACGUGCCAGCAGCUGUGUCAGAGCUCAGAGAGAGACUGCAGGACGUCCUGGGAGAGGAAUGGACAAAGAUCAUACAGGUGGUGAAGAAGGUGGAUGUUCUACUGUCACAGCCGCAGCCCAAGACCAGAGCUGAUCCCUCAAAGUAUUCAUGUGAACUCACACUGGAUCCAAACACAGCCAAUGAGCAUCUGUUAUUAUCUGAGAAGAACAGAAAGGCAACGUUCAUGAAACAGCAGCAGCCGUAUUCCCGUCAUCCACACAGAUUCACUUCCUGUUGGCAGGUCCUGAGCAGGGAGAGCCUGAGUGGACGCUGUUACUGGGAGGUGGAGUGGAGGGGCCGGGGGGUUUAUGUAGCUGUGGCAUACAAGAACAUCAGCAGAGCAGGGCCUCUGAGUCAGUGUGUUUUUGGGUUAAAUGAUCAGUCUUGGGCACUGAGCUGUGACAGCAGCAGUUAUAAGUUUUUCCACAACAACAAAGUCCACCCCGUGCUCUCGGGUCCACGCUCCUCCAGAGUGGGAGUGUACCUGGAUUACAGAGCAGGUAUCCUGUCCUUCUACAGCGUCUCCAAAACCAGGACCCUCCUCCACAGAGUCCAGACCACAUUCACCGAGCCGCUGUGCGCUGGACUGAUGCUGUUUGAGCACGGAGACGCUGCAGAGAUCAUUAAACUGAAACAGAGACGAGGCUCUGCUGCUCCUCCUCCUCCUCUUUAA